UGAGUUUGAGUGAAUAAAGGUUGUUAGAAAUGUGUGGUCUAUUAGACAACUACAUUUGCAUCCUAAGCUUGAAUGAGAGUCACAAGAUAAGAUAAGGCUAAAUAUUCCAAUUCUCAACUCAUCACAAACACAUUUGACAAUUGUUAUCUUCAGUUCAUUGUGACUGAGAUAUGGCAAAAUCUGGAAAUUUGGUAUCCCAAAGAAGCUUCAGCCCAAUAUUCAAUCCAUGCCACACUGCUUCCAAGGGAAAAACCUUCAGAUUUCACUCUCAGUUUCACACUUACAAUAACUCUAAUGUUAGAGUAACUAUCACUGCUUCUACCAAAAGAAAAGGAAACUUUCAAUCUCCAUUGAUUGGGAAGAACCCGAGUAAGUCUGCCCGCCGUCUGAUCACAAUAUCGCCGUCUGACGGAAAGUAUAACGAGGAAUGGACGAGUGAUUAUCUUGUAUCUUUGCGUGACCUACAUUUACAGGAUUUGAUUAAAGGCGAAGACGAUCCACGUAAGAAUGCACAAGUAUUCAUCAACCUCUUCAUCCAAAAGCAUGCUAGCUUUGGCUUAUCAGUAGAUGCAACAAUCACCACAUCCUUCACUUCAAGAUGCAGCAACUGUUCUUCCCCAUAUUGCAGACAGCUCGAUGCAAAUUUUAACGUAUGGGUUCUCAGGGCUGCAAGUAGAGACAAACGUAAGACACCGCUAUCUGAAAUUGGAGGCGACCCAUAUGUGAUAUAUACUAGACCCGGAUAUGAAGUUGAUCUUGAUUCUCUUGUACGAGAUGCCAUCAGGCUAAACUCAUCAGUACAAGUAUAUUUAGCAGAAUUUCAAUUCAUGAGUUGUUACAAAAUUUUGAUUUUGGGAGUCUCCAUAAUUUUUAAAAAAUUCUUUUGCAGGAUACUUGCUCGGAGUUGUGCGCGAAAUCUGAGGGUACUAUACUAUAUUCAGCUGGGGAAAGUGAGCCUUCGUUUGAUAAAAGAUGGUCGAGACUAUUGGAACUAAAGAAAACGAUUUUAUGAUUCAUAACAUUAAAUACAAAGAAGUUUCGUGUAUAGAAUAAUCAUCAGAUUGCAUAUAGAUUGUAUGUAUAAUAAUGCAUUGAUGAACAAUAUCCUAGUACUUACAGUUCGUAAUUGUAAUCGUCACCAAUCAUGCCAAAAAUGUUACUAAUUUCAACUAUCA